AUGGCUUCCAGCGAAACCGAGCCACUACUUGCUUCUUCCCAUUCACAAACCGACAGUACGAACACAUACAUUAACAGCGACGAUGGAAAAUCAACGCAGCCGUCGCGUUCCAUUGAAGACGACGUACUGCCGGAAACCUCGACCCUUGGGCGAACCAUCACUUGGUCCAGUGCAUACAUCCUCGUCAUAUCACGCGUCAUAGGCAGCGGUAUCUUUGCAACACCCGGUGUAAUCGUGAAGGCUGUGGGAAGUGUCGGACUCAGCCUCUCACUGUGGGUACUCGGGGCAGUCAUCGCGGCCUGCGGGCUUGCCGUUGCCCUCGAAUACGGGUGCAUGCUACCCCGAUCUGGAGGCGACAAAGUAUACCUGGAGUUCACGUAUCGAAAGCCUCGCUACCUGGCUAGCACACUCAUGGCCAUCCAGGCGGUCUUACUUGGCUUUACAGCCAGCAACUGCAUCAUAUUCGCGCAGUAUACAUUAUACGCGUUCGACAUCGAGGCGACUGAUUUCUUGCGUAAAAGCCUGGCUGUGGGACUGCUCACUGCAAUCACCAUCGUACACGGAUGCUUCCGAAAGACAGGCAUUGCAAUCCAAAACUUCCUGGGCUGGAUUAAAGUUGGCUUAGUUGUAUUCAUGGUCUUUUCAGGAUUGUUUGUUGUCAUCUUCAAACCACAAGGCCUGGACGGGCGACGAAGCCACUUUCCCACAGGAUCAGAUGUAUGGAAAGACACUGAGUGGAGUUGGGGCACAAUCUCCACAUCUCUCUUCAAAGUGUUCUAUUCUUAUGCUGGACUCAACAACGUCAGCAAUGUUCUCAAUGAAGUCCGCAACCCUGUUCGAACACUCAAGUCGGUUUCUAUCACUGCUCUUGUUACUGCAUGUGUAUUGUAUUCUUUGGUCAACAUUGCAUACUUCAUCGUUAUCCCUUUGGACGAGAUCAAAGCAAGCAAGGAGCUUAUUGCAGCAUUGUUCUUCGAGAAAUUGUUCGGCCCCACGAUAGGCAAGGUCAUACUACCACUCGCGGUUGCUCUGUCGGGAGUUGGCAACGUCAUGGUUGUUACUUUCGCACUGGCCCGACUGAAUCAAGAAAUUGCGAGACAAGGGUUUCUACCAUUUCCAGAAAUCCUUGCUUCAUCAAAGCCAUUCAAUGCUCCUCUCGGUGGUCUGAUCGUUCACUACAUACCAUCUUUAUUAGUCAUUGCACUUCCGCCUUCCGGUGAAGUGUACUCUUUCAUUCUCGAAGUAGAAGGCUAUCCGGGUCAAAUUUUUGCAUUGGCAACUUCCGCAGGCCUACUUUGGCUUCGCUACUCAAGACCCGACCUGAAGCGACCCUUUAGGGCGUGGAACAUAGCCAUAGUGUUGCGCAUUGCUUUAUGCCUUGUACUCCUCGCGGCUCCGUUCUUUCCACCCGAGCAUAGAAAGAACACUGGUAUCUGGUACGCGACUUAUGCUGUUGUCGGUACCAGCGUGAUCCUUUUUGGCUUCUUGUACUGGUAUAUGUGGCUUAAACUCAUUCCGAUAUUGGGAGGCUAUCGGGUCGAGGAAAAGACUAGUGUGUUGGACGAUGAAACUUAUGAUCGUCCCUUCGAGUCUCAUCCUGUAGUGGUCAAGGAUGUGCGGGGUCGUGAAAGCGAAUACUCCCUCGACUCGAAUGGGUUCCAAUUCUACAAACACCCGAGUGUUGAGAAAGACUUCGUCAACGACGAGCAAAUCAAGGAUCAGUACUACAAAGAAAUUGAACAGCUUUUGAAAGACGCCACGGGUGCAACACGCAUCCACAUCUUCGACCACACCAUCCGUCGCCAGCAGCCAGGUGACGCGUCGACUAGCCGUCAGCUCCGUGGACCUGUACAGCGAGUUCAUAUUGACCAGUCUUACGAUGCUGCACUCUCGCGCGUGCCCUUUCAUCUACCUGAUGACGCAGACAAGCUCCUUCAGUCCCGAGUGCAGAUCAUCAACGUAUGGCGACCUAUCAAGACCGUUCAGCGUGAUCCUCUUGCAGUUGCCGAAGCUAGCAGCGUCUCGGAUGAUUCUUUGGUCGUCACUGAAUUGAUCUAUCCGACUCGAAGGGGAGAGACGUAUGCAGUGAAGCACGAUCCUGCUCAUCAGUGGUUCUACAAGUCAAAUCUUACCCCAGAGGAGGUCAUUCUCAUCAAGUGUUUCGACUCCAAGAAAGAUGGACGCGCGAGGCGCGUGCCGCACACUGCGUUCCAUGUCCCCGGCACGGAAGAGAAAGAGGGCAGGGAGAGUAUUGAAGUGCGUGCUUUGGUGUUCCAUGAACAUGAGAGCCUGGAGUAA